AUGCGCACCACGCCCCGCGCAGUUUCGUCCUCAAAUAAUGGCAAGUCGUUAAUAGAUGAGUCGGUUAUCUAUUCAUUCAUUGUCGAAUGGUUCAAAGAUGAUUCGGGUCGAAUUGAAAAAUACAAGCUUAACUUCUUUCCAUGUGAUAAUUCAAUAGAAAUGCAUGAUCUAAAACGCAACAAACUUUUUUUGCGGAGAAUAAGGCAGCCGGAAAUUAGGCUAUUGGAUUUAUACGUUGGUGGCACUGUCAACAUCUUGUCUCGGCAUUUGUGUGUUACCAACUUUGCUAAUGAUUUCACCGCAAAAGCACUAGCCGGAAAUUCAGAAAGGUGUGUAUGUGUUAUUUCGCCUUCAGGAACGUGCACUGCUGGGAAAUAUAUCACCAGUCUCGAAGACCAAGGAUUCAAAAUAAUUAAUCUUAAAGUAUUAUACUUGAAUAAUAUGGAUGUACGAAAGUAUUUUGGCGGUUUUUGUGAAUGUAAAGAUUUAGAUAAAUUAACAAGUGUCCUUUCGAGUGGUGGAUUGAUUGCGUUGGAAUUAAUGCGCCGUGAUGCGAACAGGGUUCUUAGAGAGGUCGUUUAUGGUUCAAAUGCUAAAGAUAAUGAUAUUUUUGCAAACAAUGACUUAUUUAUGCCGGCUCAGACACCUGAAGCUGCUGCAAAGUUAGCACAUAUAUUGUUUUCGACUUUAACGACUUCGCCUAAUCGCAAGCUAUUGGACAUUAAGGACUGCACGUGUGCAGUUAUAAAGCCACAUGCUGUCCAGAGUUAUCAAGUUGGUGGCAUUUGGGAAGUCAUUCAAUCAAACUGUUUUGGUGUUAUUGCGGCACAAGUCUUUCGACUCUCGAAGGUAGAUGCCGGCGAAUUCUUGGAGGUUUAUAAGGGUGUUCUCGCCGAAUACCCUGAAUUAAUCUCCGAGUUUACUUCGGGGCCAUGCGUGGCUCUACAAGUCAUCCAGGCUGACCCGGAUCGUGAUAUGUCGUGUAAUCCAGGCGAUCCGUUAUCUGUACAGCAGCGCUUUCGUGAACUUGCGGGACCCAUGGACCCAGAUAUAGCUCGUUACCUGAGGCCAAAUACCAUUCGUGCUAAGUUCGGAGUUAAUUCAGUCAAAAACGCAAUCCAUUGUACAGAUUUACCGGAAGACGUUUCACUAGAGGUAAUCCUUCGGAAACGUUUCUUUUCCUGGCUUUGUAUUGGAGUACAUAUGCAUGCUAAUUAG